AUGGCUACCUUGAAGUCUCUCUCGUUUUCUCACAUUAUUCUAGUAGUUUUCAUGGCCAUCGUCGUUAAUGCUACUGAUGAGGAAGAUAGAAAGGUUCACAUUGUGUACAUGGGCGCCCUUAAUCCUGAUCAGGAUGGAUAUUCACCUUCAUCUCAGCAUCUUAGCAUUCUGCAACAAGUUCUUGAGGGAAGCUCGGCGACUGAGUCCCUCGUACGCAGCUAUAAGAGAAGUUUUAAUGGGUUUGCAGCCAAGCUAAACGAGCGCGAGAGACAAAAACUUGCCCGCAUGGAUGGUGUUGUAUCGGUGUUUCCAAGUAGAACCCUCCAGCUUCAUACAACGAGAUCCUGGAAUUUCAUGGGUUUAACUGCGGCAACGAAAAGACAACUGAAUGCUGAGAGUGAUGUGAUAGUUGGUGUGUUUGACACCGGAAUCUGGCCGGAGUCUGAAAGUUUCAGUGACAAAGGAUUCGGCCCUCCUCCCAAGAAAUGGAAGGGUACUUGUAAUGGUGGCACCAAUUUCACCUGCAACAAUAAGCUGAUCGGCGCUCGAGUUUACACUGAGAUUGAGGAAACUGCAAGGGACAGGGAAGGACAUGGCACACACACAGCCUCAACAGCAGCAGGGAACAGAGUGGUGGGUGUGAGCUUUUAUGGAAUGGCUCGAGGAAAUGCAAGGGGAGGAGUGCCAUCAGCUAGAAUUGCUGUGUACAAGGUCUGCAGCUAUAUAGGUUGUGUUGAAGAAGAUAUCCUCUCUGCCUUUGACGAUGCCAUUGCUGAUGGUGUAGAUAUAAUCUCCCUUUCAUUGGGACAUAGUGCAGCAGCUGAGUUAUCUGCAGAUUCCCUUGCUAUUGGUACAUUUCAUGCCAUGGCCAAAGGCAUCCUAACCUCCAGUUCUGCUGGGAAUUUUGGUCCAGAGAGAGGGUCAACUUCAAGUGUUGCACCAUGGAUGUUUUCUGUAGCAGCCAGUAGUAUAGACCGUCAAAUUAUUGACAGACUUGUUUUAGGGGAUGGUACACAGCUUGUGGGUAGAUCUGUUAAUUCAUUUGGUUCAAGAAGAAGAAGUAAAGUUGAUCUUGUGUAUGGCACAACUGCUUCAACGCUAUGUGAUUUUACUAGUGUUCGACGUUGCAGUUAUGGUUGUUUAGAUAGGCGUUUGGUAAAGGGGAAGAUUGUGCUAUGUGAUAAGGUCUCAUUAGGAGCGGAACCUAUGCGAGCCGGUGCUCUUGGGGUACUCAUGAUAGAUAGAGUAUUCAAUGAUGUUGCUUUAACUUAUCCUCUUCCUGCAGUACUGUUAUCCUCCGAGAAUGGGGAGAAGCUCAAGCUUUAUCUGAAUUCCACAAGAAAUCCUCAGGCAAAGAUUUUGAAAAGUGAAGCAAUUCACGAUUCAAGUGCUCCUGUAGUAGCUUCAUUUUCAUCUCGUGGACCAAGCGUAAUCAUACCAGACAUUAUUAAGCCAGAUAUAAGUGCCCCAGGAGUAAAUAUUUUGGCAGCAUUUUCGCCUAUUGCUUCACCAUCUAAUGAUGAUGGGGAUACAAGAUCAGUGGAGUAUAGCAUAUUGUCUGGGACCUCCAUGGCUUGCCCACACGUUACUGGUUCAGCUGCUUAUGUCAAAAGCUUCCACCCUGAUUGGUCGCCUGCUGCCCUUAAAUCUGCUCUUAUGACUACUGCUCGGCGUAUGAGUGCUGUUAAAAAUGAAGACACUGUAUUUGCUUAUGGUUCUGGCCAUAUUGAUCCAGUGAAAGCUAAGAACCCUGGUUUGGUUUAUGAUGCCCAUAAAGAAAACUACAUAGAAAUGCUGUGCAAUAUGGGCUACGAUUCGAGGAAGGUUAGGCUUAUAUCAGGUGACAACAGCAGUUGCCCCAAGGCGAGGACAGGCGAAGCUAAGGAUCUCAAUUACCCUUCAAUGGGACGUUAUGUUCCAGACUUGAAGCCAUUCAAGACUAACUUUACGCGGACUGUUACCAACGUUGGCUUCCCAAACUCCACAUACAAGGCGAAAGUAACUUCUUCAGGUCCUGAGAUGAAAAUCAGCGUCGAACCCAGUGUUCUGUCGUUUAAGGCAUUGAACGAGAAGAAGUCUUUUGUUGUGACUGUCAGUGUAGGUGAGCUAUCAUUAAAACAUCCUGCAGUGUUUGGAUCAUUGGUUUGGUCUGACGGAAUUCAUAGGGUCAGAAGUCCAAUUGCUAUAUAUUCAGAUCUCCCCACCAAUUAA